UUAGCACAUAAAUAAUGCAAAUUUAUAAUUAACCACCCUAUUUGGUUGCACGUAAUUCGUCCUUACGCACAUUAGGCAACUAACACGUCACAGUUUUUGACUUUUGACAUUCCAACAUUUGUGCAUCUUUAAACAAUAAUUUUCCACCCAAAUAAGUAAAUUAGUGAGAAAAGCAAGCCGCAGCCGGUAGAAGUAGCCCCAGAGCCCCCCAAUUCAUAUUAUAAGUCGCAAUGGCCUCAUCGAAAGUCACUUUCAAAAUCACGCUAACGUCGGACCCCAAGCUCCCCUUCAAAGUAUAAACCGUGUCAGAAAUGACAGUAGCUACCAAAAUAUGCCAUGAAUGACACAUCAACGGCAAACAUAAAACAAAUUCUGACAUCAUUUCACAACAUAAGCCAAAUUUACGAGAAUCAGCAGUGGGUUAGAACGGUCACGGCGGAAGAUAUUAAACAGGCGUUUAAAUUGGCGCAUUUUAUUGAGAAAACAGUACAAAAGUUUGAUGAGACGAACAGUAGGGCACAGUUUUUCGAAAUGUUGAAAGUUUGGGGCGGGAAAAAUCGAGUCAGGGUGUACGAACACGAGUUUUAUGCAAAAAUGUGCGACCAUCUCUUGGUCAAGUUUUUCAAGUGCCGGGCUCUAAAUGAGGGUGUUAUUGAUAUAGCGGUUCGAAUGUACACUUCUUUGUUUCCCAAGCAGAGGUUACAAGCAGUUUUGAAAGAUUUGAUCAUGACUUCGGCGGCUUUUGAAGCGGUUUCGCAAUUUUGUGUCGCCAAUAAAACGGCACUCAAUCUAAAUUAUUUAAAACACGAAUUAAUUCUAAAUGAGUGGCUUAGAGACUACGAGAGUGGCAAUAAAGAGGCAGUUUUAACGCUAAUAAAGGAGUCGUUGACUAGUUUUAAAGUCGAAAAUUGUCUCCCAGUUUUAUUGGGAAUUUUGGCACUUGAAGUGAAAAAUUCCGUUACAGAUUUGAUUUUACAAAGUAUUUUAGAGAAAAUGUUAGAUAGGAGCAUUUUGAGUAAAACUUUUUGGCUCACAAUGACCAAAACAAUCGAUGCCAAUUGUUUGGCCCAAGUGUGUACAAAUUAUUUUGAGUUUUUAGAAUCAUUAUGCAAUUUUUUAAUUUACAUUGGCAGCAUGAUGGAGGAAAAAAAUUCCGAGUGGUUGCCCGACCCUAGCAUAAGUUUAUGUCCCGAAAUCACGUACACUGAACUACAAUUGAUUUUCAUAACUUUAUGUAAACAUUCCCAUGAGAAUUAUGUAAGAAGUAGGCUAAAAGAGGCCGAAAAUUGUACGGACUCAAAGAUAUGGAAUGAAAUUAUUAAUAAAUGUUGAGGUCUCGUA